AUGAGCUCGGCUCGGGCACAUGUAGUACAGACUCUCGCUGUGCUGUGUAAAUAAUUAGUUUUUAUUUGUAACAGUUGUGUGGAUGGUGCUACGGUUUGGAGAUUGUCGGCGGGGUUCGAGACUACAUUCAUCAGUACGCCAAAAGUCUGUUGCACUUGACGCCGCGGUAGCUGCGGAACAAUGAAGCUUACGUGGGACUCGUGCAUCAUCGCAUCCACAACUCUUUCUUCUCCUACUCGUCAUUCGACUUGUCACACACGUUGCAGCGUUUGCACAACACCAGCCCCGAUUUUGUUCACUUGCCAUUGCAUAUACGGGCUGGUACCAGCGGUUCGUCUGGAACCGACAUUUGCUCCAGUGAACCAUCGUUUGGAGAAGACCGGCGCAGAUGGAAGAUAUUACGUUGGGUCGUUAUUUCACGACGACAUUGAGACAUUCAGCAGAUCUGGCACGCUUAUGACCGUAUCGUUUAUCUAUUAUUGGCCUCGCUUGAAGUCGACGGUUCUGCAGCCAACUAUGUAUUGGAGACUGAGCAGAUUG